UGGCAUUCAUCACGCCCCUCAACUUCUAUCGGUCUUCUUCUCACCUCCUACCUAUUAUGACUCUCACAAAUCUCAUUGCUUCUAGAAAAAUCAUGCAGUGAUUUCUGUGUUAACACAAUCUUCGCAGGAAUCUCUCUUUUAGAAAACUCUUGGCAUAAACCCAUCUGCAGGAUCAUCAUAGGGUUGAUGUUAUUAAUGCAAUCUUCCUCACCAUUGAUAAUUGUUAAUCGACAGGCAUCAUCACGGAUUUGCACGGGCAAUCACGUUUUUCUCUGAGAAAAUCAGAACAUUUAUGCAAUAUCAAAGGAAUUUCUAAGUAUUGGCUGCCUUCUCCGAAAUUUCACGGUGGUCGCGGUGCUCUGCCUUCUGCGGGUGGGCAUCCGGCUGAUCUCACUUGUUUGGCCGGCGGAGGUCGUUUAAUUGACGGGUACCAUUUCUCUGGCUGAAUAUGGUGGACAUUAGAACCCCUUCUGACGAAUUAGCCGGAGAUAACAUGCAGAGAGAGAAGCUAAGAGAUCUUGAGCUCCCUCUCUACAAACUUGGAAAAAGAUUACAUAUUAAUCCACCAAGUGUUGGAAUUCAAUCAUCUUGUCAUGUUAAUGAGAGUCAGAAUGACUUGGACAUGCUUCUUCUUGCUCAGUGGGAGGAUCGAGCAAGCCAGGGUCUUUUGAAAUAUGAUGUGACUGCAUGUGAGACAAAGAUCAUUCCAGGUAGCUUUGGCUUCAUUGCUCAGUUAAAUGAACUUGAAGAGUGGCAUUUAAAGAAACAGCCUGCAGAAUUGCAAGCUAAUCAGGUGCUUCAGCCUUUUGAUCCUUCAAAAUUUAAUUUCACCAAAGUUGGGCAAUGUGAACUGCUUUUCUCGAUCAAGAUGAGUGAAGAUGAGAAUUGUGAACUUAUUCCCAAAGCAUCUGUCAAGACUGAUGAUAAUCUGGUUAUCAUGAAUAUACAUCCCAUUGAAUAUGGACAUGUGCUUUUGGUACCUCGUGCACUUUGUUGCCUUCCACAAAUGAUUGACAUCAACUCUUUUGAAUUGGUUAUAGAAAUGGCUGCUGCAGUGAAUAACUGUUUCUUUCGUAUUGGUUAUAAUAGUCUUGGUGCUUUUGCAACUGUCAAUCAUUUACAUUUUCAGGCAUAUUAUUUGGCGAACCCCCUUCCAGUUGAGGUUGCUUGUACCCAGCUCAUUCCUGGUGAUUGGCAGAGAAGUGGGUUGAAGAUCUUUGAGCUUGUGGAUUACCCUGUCAAGGGAUUACUGUUUGAAAUAGGCCAAAACUUGGGACAAAUGGCCGAAGUAGUUGCAACUUUGUGUUGCUCAUUACAAAAUAUAAACACGCCUUUCAAUAUUCUGAUAUCUGAUUGUGGAACUCGGAUAUUUCUUUUUCCCCAGUGCUAUGCAGAUAAGCGUGCACGUGGGAUGAUUGAAGAGAAUUUUCUGCAGACAAAGGUUAAUCCUUCUGUCUGGGAAAUUGGUGGACAUAUUGUGUUUAACAGGAAUCUUGAUUAUAGCCAUGCUACGGAGCAGUUUGUUAGAGAUUUUCUUGCCGUGGCAUCUCUCAAUCAUGAAGAGUUUGAGGGACUGAAAUUCCUGUGCACUGGCAUCGCAGAAAGGAUUUGCUGCCAGUAUUGAUUUGGGAAAGUGUUUUGUCGCUGAUGUUUAUACUUUAGUUAGGGAAAACCAUGAGAAAUGAAACUGGGACAAGUUUGUGUGGAUUAUGUGACUUCCACAAAUCUUUAUUAUAUUUGCUUGGUGGAGGUGUGAAUGAAUGAAUGUUUUUAUUAAUGCCCAAGAGGCCAGACAGCCUAUGGGACCUACGGAUAGCCAGCAAAACAUAAGCACAAAAAGCUCAAAAUAGAAAAGCCCUGUGAUACUGCCCCUACUUAAUUUGUGCUAUUUGUACUGUUUUAUAAAUAGAUUAUCUAUUAGACUUGUA